AGGGGCGGCACUUCCGGGAGUGCGGCGGGAGCGCGGCCGGAGGAACCGGGAGGAACCGGGAGGAACCGGGAGGAACCGGGAGGGUCCGGAGGGGUCCCGGCGGGGCCGAGCCGCCCCCGGCACGUCCCGCAGCGGCUCGGGGCCACUCCGAGGCGGCUCCCGGGGCCGAUCCCGGUGUCGUUCCCGUUCCCGAGGCCGUUCCCGGUUCUGUGCCCCGGUGCGGCCGCCAUGGGCCGCCGCAAGUCGAAGCGGAAGCCGCCGCCCAAGAAGAAGAUGACGGGGACGCUGGAGACGCAGUUCACGUGUCCCUUCUGCAACCACGAGAAGUCCUGCGACGUCAAGAUGGACCGCGCCCGGAACACCGGGGUGAUCUCGUGCACCGUGUGCCUGGAGGAGUUCCAGACCCCCAUCACCUACCUGUCGGAGCCCGUGGACGUUUACAGCGACUGGAUCGACGCCUGCGAGGCGGCCAACCAGUGACACCGGGAGGGGACACCGGGAGGGGACACCGGGAGGGGACACCGCCCCGUCCCCGAGCCCCGGCGGGGUCACGGCACCCCCGGGCCCCGGUGCCACCCCCCGGGCCGGUGUGGGGGUGACAUUCCCCUCCCCCAGCCCCCGAGACUUGUCCCUGUCCCCGCGGGGACACCGGGCCGGGGGUGACGCCGGUUUGGGGACAGCAGCGCUGCAAUAAACGGCCGAGAUGGUG